AAGCUUGCCCCAAUCCCAAAUCGUAGACAGCCGAAUACACACACAAUGCGUUCGCACAAAUCGGAGAUCUUCUGCUGGAGCUGCCUUCUCCUUCUGGCCGUGCCAUCUACAAGAGCCGCUUCCGUCUGGCAGCUGCCCAGCCCCGAGCAGGUGUACGAAGAGCUGGACAGUUGCCGCCUUCAGUCGCAAGGACAGGAUGCGGAAACGUUGAGAUGUCUGGUGGAGAGGCUCGGCCUGUGGUCCGACGAGAGUGGCUACAAUGCAAAGCGCAUAGCAAAGAUCUUUGCGGGCCACAACCAAAUGGAGGAGCUGCAGCUCGUGGUCGACUACUGCAACAGCAGAGAGCAACGUCUGAAUCAACCUGAUGAAUGGGCCUACCAGGCCUACAAGUGUGCCACCUCUGGAAGAUUUGGGCAUUGGGUCAAGGAUUACAUGAAGCAGAAAAAUGAUACAUAAAAUAUACAUACUAAUAAGUCCCAUUGCUAGUUAUUAAGAAUUAAUUUAAUUAAAUGCAAAACAAUUUUAAAUUUCCAACACUUUGGCGGUUUGGCCAGC